GUGGGCACCGCGCGCCGGGGCCUCGCUCCUGAUCCCCGCACGCUCGCACGCUGGGCCAUGCCGCGCCCCGCAGCCGGGCCCCCCGCCUAGCCUCAUCCGCGCCCGUGCCUGCCCCGCCGCCCGCCCGCCGGGGCUAUGGCCGCAGAGGAGCUGCUGCAGAGCGUGGAUCACUACAAGACGGAGAUCGAGCGGCUGACCCGCGAGCUCACCGAGACCACCCACGAGAAGAUCCAGGCUGCCGAGUACGGGCUGGUGGUGCUGGAGGAGAAGCUGACUCUCAAGCAGCAGUAUGAAGAGCUGGAGGCCGAGUACGACAGCCUCAAGCAGGAGCUGGAGCAGCUCCGCGAGGCAUUCGGGCAGUCCUACUCUAUCCACCGCAAAGUUGCCGAGGAUGGAGAGACUCGGGAGGAAACACUUCUACAGGAAUCGGCGUCGAAGGAAGCUUACUACCUGGGCAAGAUCUUGGAAAUGCAGAACGAACUGAAACAGAGCCGGGCUGUGGUCACUAACAUCCAGGCAGAAAAUGAGAGGCUCACGGCUGUCGUUCAGGACCUGAAGGAGAGCAAUGAGAUGGUGGAGCUGCAGAGGAUACGGAUGAAGGAUGAGAUCAGAGAGUACAAGUUCCGGGAAGCCCGGCUCCUCCAGGACUACACGGAGCUGGAAGAGGAGAACAUCACACUGCAGAAACUCGUGUCUACAUUGAAACAGAACCAGGUGGAGUACGAGGGCCUGAAGCACGAGAUCAAGCGCUGCGAGGAGGAGGCGGUGCUGCUCAACAGCCAGCUGGAGGAUGCACUGCGGCUCAAGGAGAUCGCGGCGCACCAGCUGGAGGAGGCGCUGGAGACACUCAAGAACGAGCGCGAGCAGAAGAACAGCCUGCGCAAGGAGCUGGCCCAGUAUGUCACCCUUGGAGACAGCCACCUGGGCCUCUCCAUGGACGGUCUCAAAUUCACUGAGGACGGUGCGGAGCCCAACAACGACGACAAGAUGAACGGGCACGGGCCCCUGGCGAGGCUGAAUGGGGACUACCGGGCGCCCGCGCUGCGGAAGGGCGAGGCCCUGCAUCCUGUCUCCGACCUGUUCAGCGAGCUGAACAUCUCGGAGAUCCAGAAGCUGAAGCAGCAGCUGAUGCAGGUGGAGCGGGAGAAGGCCAUCCUGCUGGCCAAUCUGCAGGAGUCGCAGACACAGCUGGAGCACACGAAAGGGGCGCUGACAGAGCAGCACGAGCGGGUGCACCAGCUCACAGAGCACGUCAAUGCCAUGCGGGGCCUGCAGAGCAGCAAAGAGCUCCGGGCUGAGCUGGACGGGGAGAAAGGCCGGGACUCCGGGGAGGAGGCCAAUGACUACGAGGUGGACAUCAACGGCCUAGAGAUCCUGGAGUGCAAAUACAGGGUGGCCGUCACAGAGGUGAUCGACUUGAAAGCAGAAAUUAAGGCCUUAAAGGAGAAAUACAAUAAAUCUGUAGAAAACUAUACCGAAGAGAAGGCCAAAUAUGAGAGUAAAAUCCAGAUGUAUGACGAGCAGGUGACAAGCCUUGAGAAGACCACCAAGGAAGGUGUCGAGAAGAUGGCCCACGUGGAGAAGGAGUUGCACAAGAUGACCAGCAUUGCCAACGAGAACCACAACACCCUCAACACAGCCCAAGAUGAGCUGGUGACCUUCAGCGAGGAGCUCGCACAGCUGUACCACCACGUGUGUCUGUGCAAUAAUGAAACACCCAACAGGGUCAUGCUGGACUACUACAGGCAAAGCAGAGUCACCCGCAGUGGCAGCUUAAAGGGCCCUGAUGAUGCCAGGGGACUUCUGUCUCCACGACUAGCCAGGCGGGGUGUGUCAUCGCCAGUGGAAACAAGGCCCUCAUCUGAACCUUCUGAAGUUUCAAAAGAAAACCCAGAGGCCAGCAAAGAACCAAGUCCGACGAAGACGCCCACAAUCUCUCCUGUUAUAACUGCCCCACCAUCUUCUCCAGUGUUGGAUACGAGUGAUAUCCGAAAAGAGCCAAUGAAUAUCUACAACCUUAAUGCCAUAAUCCGGGACCAAAUCAAACAUCUGCAGAAAGCAGUGGACCGGUCUGUGCAACUCUCUCGGCAAAGAGCAGCGGCACGGGAGUUGGCCCCCAUGAUCGACAAAGACAAAGAGGCUUUGAUGGAGGAGAUCCUCAAGCUCAAGUCGCUGCUGAGCACGAAGCGGGAGCAGAUCGCCACACUGAGGGCGGUGCUGAAAGCCAACAAGCAGACAGCAGAGGUGGCCCUCGCUAAUCUGAAGAACAAAUACGAGAAUGAGAAGGCAAUGGUGACUGAGACAAUGACCAAACUCCGGAACGAGCUGAAGGCUUUGAAAGAAGACGCUGCCACCUUCUCCUCCUUGAGAGCAAUGUUCGCCACGAGAUGUGAUGAAUAUGUCACACAGCUGGAUGAGAUGCAGAGACAGUUAGCGGCUGCAGAGGACGAGAAGAAGACCCUAAACACUUUGUUACGAAUGGCUAUCCAGCAAAAACUCGCCCUGACUCAGCGGCUGGAGGACUUAGAGUUUGACCAUGAGCAGUCCCGACGCACCAAAGGCAAACUUGGAAAGAGCAAGAUCGGCAGCCCUAAAGUAAGUGGGGAGGCGUCAGCCACCGCGCCCACCAUAGACACUUACCUCCUGCAUAGUCAGGGCCCACAGACACCCACCAUGCGGGGCAGCAGUGGCACUCAGAGGAAAAGACAAUUUUCACCUUCCCUUUGUGAUCAGAGCCGUCCCAGGACUUCAGGGGCCUCCUACCUACAGAGUUUAUUAAGCGUUCCCCCCGACCCCACCUCCACAGAAUCAUUUCUUCUGAAGGGCCCCCCUUCCAUGAGGGAACUCAUCCAAGGGCACCGGCUCAGCAAGGAAAAAAGGUUAACCGUGGCUCCACCAGCAAAAAGAGUUUCUUGUAGAUUGUCAGCAGCCUGCUGCCUCCGUACCGCCACAGUGCUCACAACUAGCCAGGAGGCAAGACUACUCGACUGCCAGUCCUGAUGCCGCCCUCCCUGAGGAGCAGCCACAUUCAGGCUCCCCGUGCGCCCCGCUCCACUGUCUGGCCAAGCCGCCCUGCCCCUAGUCUCCAUCACCAACACGUCUGGCUGAAGGUUCUGUAGCCACACAGGACACUGCCCAAGAUCCAGCGAUGUGUUCUUCUCGGCCAGUAGAUGUGCAGGUGGACUUGCGUCCGUCACUGUGGAAGAGGAGAGAAUGCCGAGAAGACUUACACGAAGCGCAGACCUGGGGUGAUAAAACAUUUCGCGGUUUCUCUGCGUCACAGAGAAACUGCAAUCCAAUAGCUACAGUUCAGUCAAACUAGAAAAGAAAGAGAGGAAGCGCGUAUCUCAGAUGGCUAGCUCGACCUCCAUAGCGUAAGACAGACCUAAGACGAUGUAAAAUACAAAUAUUGCAAGAUCAGCUGUCCUCACACCACAUUCUGCAACAUAUUCUUUUGUCUUUGAUAUUUAGUUUUGUACUUUAUUUGCUAUAUGAUUAAUGUCUAUGAGAAUAAUUUCUGUAAGAGAUGAAUUUAAUUUAUUUUCAAAUAAGCAUAGUUUGCUCGAUUCACUAUGAGUUUUAAUUUAGUUUGAAGUCUGGAACUGGCCAGACUAUGGUUAUUUUUCUUGCACAAAAUGAUAAAUGAGGUGCAUCAGAAUGUUAACAAUAACUGUCUUUUGCUGCUACAGUGAUAUUGUUUAUGCACUUAUUUUCUAAUCAGUAGCUGAUUAACUGCUGGUUUUGGUUUUUGUUUUAACUAGAAUUCCUCACUGGACAUCAUUAAGUAGGUCUAAGAAAGAGUCUAAGUUAUGAUUCCUGGACUUAUUCAAGCUUCAGUGGCACUCCAAAGUUUGUAGGUUGCAUUGAGUAGACACACUGGUGCUGCUUCUUCAUGUGUGUGGCUGUGUGCGAUGAUGCCAGAGAGAGCUAAACCAUCUGAAGGGAAGAAAUGCUGUUUAUUUAGUGACCAGAACUGCUUUUUCUUCCAAAUUCAGGGUCCUACUAUGAGUCUUUCCUGCUAAACAGUAUCAAAAACAAAUCUACACAUAGAUAGAUGUAAGGUAGCCUUGGCUAGUUAAUUUACAUAGACGGUGUUCAGAUUUUGAUUAAAAUUGUAUGUUUUGUUGUUAGAUUUUUUUCAUAAUGGAUCAUCUUUGCCAUAAAAAAAUUUAGAUAAUAAACCUUAGCUCAUUGUCUACUUCUGACAAACACUCAGGUGCCUACAAAUCAUUAUAUUAUAUUGAUGAUAAGACAUGGUCCUAGUUAAUUUACAGAUUCUGCUAGAUAACUUUUAUGACUUGAUUUAAGGCAGUGGAUUUUCAUAGCAAAAUUUAUUUUGCACGUAAUCUGACAAACAAGGAAGACAGCUACUCAAGCUGAGAAGUCUCUCGGGCUCCUUCCCUCUCAAGGGCUCCUAGCCCCGAUUCCUUGUUUUUGUCAGUAGCCUUAACUUAUUUAAAACCAGAAAGAUUUCACCUUUUCAUGUGUCAGCAACUUCUCUUCCGAAUGAAUAUGGCCCUCGCUGUCAGCACACAGAACAGUUAACAGCAGGGCACUAUCGUGGCGACCCUGGAGCUGCUCAGCUGAGCAGUAGAGGGUGGUACACUGUGGGGUGUCCAUCACAGGGCAGUCACCAAGUACACACAGGAGCUCUGGACAGUCAUCACCCGUCAGGUAGGGUCACUGUUACCAAAGCAACCAAGAGCUUUUGUGUUCCUUACAUGAGUGCUGUCUUCAUCAGUGUCAUUUCUUAUGCAACUUGGCCCUAAACAGUUGAAAUCUCCACCAAGAUAGAGAUUCAGGUCAGAAUGCAGAAGCAAAACAGACCUUCAUGGUAGUCCUUAACGUAGCAUGUAACAUGCUUGUUCCUACCUGUAUUGCCUUGCCGUCCUGCACACGGUCCUCACUCUACAGGCGCUGCACCUGCUGGGUACCAGUGUUAGCGACACACUGGGCUUCACUGAGUGAGUUCAGUAAAAGAAAGCUGACCCACCCCGCUCUUUCCCUUCCUUUGGGAGUCAUCUGUGUUUGGACCUGAGAAAUGGCAUAGCUGCUAAGUUGACUUUGUGCCUGAGGGAAAACAUGCCUUUUUACCAAGUACCUCAGAACAUCCUUCCGUUGCCUGUCACUCGUUGCUGGGAUGGGAACCCAGCCACCAGGCUGUGUGACUGGAGCAGGUUCUUCCUCUCUACAAGGCUCAUUGCGUUCUCCUACCUCCCUCCCCCUCUCCCUCCCCCUCUCCCUCCCUCCCUCUGGUUUAUGACUCAGUGAAAAGCCGAGGAGUGUGCAAAACAUUUAUUUCUUCCAAUACAAAAUCUGUCAUUAAAUCUAUUAUAAACUAGCUUCUCUGAACAGAGUGGAAAUGCUUGUUUUGAAGUGUUACUUGUAUAAAAUAUUAAUUUUAGCAAAAUUUUCUCAAAAAGAUAUAGAAACUUGGAAAUAAAUUUUCCCUGUCAGCACAAAAUUAGGUGAUAGUACCUAAGUCGUAAGAGAGAAUACCAUGUAUUUCCCCAUCAUUUAGUAUAGUGUUUAAACUAAGCCAUAUUUAUAUUUAUUUAUAGGCAUUUUAAAUGAAUAGGUAUGUGUAGUGGCAGUAAAAAUCAAUACCUGUAAAGAUAACAUAAGGAUCCAAAAGGAAAUUGAAAAAGUGAAGAACUAGUGAGAACCAAAGAGGAUGAACCUCAGUAAGAUUAAUUGAAGAUGCGUGUGGAGAAGAAAAAUGAUCCGCAGAUGUGCAGGCCGAGUAUACUGGCGCCUGAUCGAAGACAUGGUGAUCGAAGAUGGCAGGUAACCAGCCAGAGCAGUUAGCAAAGUAAGCAAGCAGUUUUUAAAAGUAAGCACAAUCACAAUGCUAAAAAGAAUAGUUAAGGUGCAGAAAUGCUUUCCUACUGAAGAUUUUUCUUAGGUACAAAAUAGUAGCAAAGUUAAAAGAAGCAAUAAAUGGCCUUUAGCCUGAGUUCUUAGGGGUUGGCAAAAAACACUGGAUGACUCUACCCAAUCAAUUGAUGUUAUAUUAGAUCCCUUUCACACGUCCAAUUCUGAAUUUUUAAAAAAUUGGAAAACUUUGAGGAGACAGAGUUAUUGAAUAAUUAAGAUUCAGAAAUUAUAGGUAUUUAGCCCAAGGAAGAGGAGUACAAUAGUAACCUUCCAGCAAAGAGAAUUGAACAAAUGAUAGAAAAAGCUAUAGAUAGCACUAAGACCAGAAUUAGGAAGUCUUCAGGCUGAAGGAUUUAUAUUAACUCUAGGAUAGAGUUUUUAGCAAUGGAAAAUUAAUCAUCAGAAUUGAUAAUUAUAAGGAAGAUUUGUUUUUUAAAAAUUGAAUAUUAUUGGUGGUUUAGUAAGUAUUAAGUGGCAAGAUAUCUUUUUUGUUGUUGUUGUUUUUGGUACCGGGCAUCGAACUCAGUUCCUUGCACUUGCACAGCAGGCGGCGAAACCACUGAGCUAAAUCCCCGGCCCUAGUGGCAAGAUAUCUUAAAAUAAUGUUAUUAUUCUUGUUUCUUUUAUUUUAAAAUUAAAAAGAAAGUUCUGGUUAGUCAAUAUUUUGUCCUUUGAGGGCCGGGGAUUUAGCUCAGUGGUUUCACUGUCUGCUGCACAAGCCCAAGGACCUGAGUUCGAUCCCCGGUACCAAAAAAAAAAAAAUCUUCCAAUAUUUUAUCCUUUGAAAUGGGAUAGCAAUUUUAACUUUUCCAAGAUUUUUGUUUUUUUAAAAAAAGCUUGUUGGUUUUAUUUUUCAUUCUAGUUAUAUAUCAUUAUAUCCUUAUCCCACAGUGUAGCAGCUUUACUAUAAAAGCUUCAAGUUUGAGUCUAAAAAGGAAAUGUCCUCAGGAAUACUUGAGAAACAGAAAGGUAUGCAGUCCCUUGUGCAGGGAGAAGACGUGGCAAAUGCCUCCUGACUUUUAUCUCUACUGAAAAGGAUCUUCAAUUUUAACAUUUGCUUUGUCCACGCUGUGGACAAUAUACUUGGGCAGCGAAGACCUGCUGCUUCAAACAAGCAUGAAACAUUGGUCCAAUAAACCAGCUAAGAAUAUGGAAAUGUCCUGAUAAUAUGGUAUUAAAAUCCUCUCCAGGUCUCCAAUAAAGAUUAUGAAACAUGAAAAUGAGGAAAUGAAAUCUAUUUUCUACUGAGAUAGGAAUAUAAAAUUUUAUUGUCAUAAUCAGCCAAGAAAUAGAAUCUGUCUCUCAGAAAGACACAUCAGGGAAGCUGCUGCAUUUCCAGUAGGGACCAUGGCUGCUUCAACCCGCGGACAACACAGGAGAAUGCAUUGAUAUUUCAGAUACAUCUAGGUUUAAAAGAAACUCUUAGACUGAGAUUCACAGCUUUUAAAACUUUGCUUUCCUUUUUUGUUUAUUUGCUUAGAAACUAGAGUGCUUUAAGAAAAUCCUUAUAAUUAAGAUUACAGAAAAUUUACAGUUCAGUUUUCAAGUAAAGGGAACAUAAUUUUUCAGGAAGCUGUUGAACUGGAGUUACGAUAAUAGUGUGAUCAGGGAUGAUACUGAUGCAUAACUUUUUACCUUAUAUUCGAUUUCUGUGAACAUACAAGAUCAGCCCAGCUCCUGAGUGACCCUUUCCAUUGUCUGCAAUACUGUCUGAAAUUAAAUUCAUCUUUAUUUAAAUGCCACCAUGACUGCCAUCAUCCCUGAUAUAUGGCAUCGGUUGCAUGAUCCUGUUAUGUUAACGGCUGAUUUUCCCUAGACAUCUCUUUCAUCAACUGAAAGAGGUAUGUCAUAUUAAGAUAUGUUCCCCGAUGGAGGAUUUUCGAGAAAUGAUAUUCUAUUUAAGAAGAGGACGAGGACCAAUUCAUUGCCUUUCGUGUAAGGCAAGAGUACGAUGUAAGAUGUUUGCAUGAGAUAGCUCACGCAGGUAAGCUUUUCUAUGUCCAUACUACAGACACCUUCGAAAUCUUAUUUCUCUUGUGACCUCUCCACUAGGAAUGUCAGGACAUUGCGCCUACACUUGCUCUCCUCUCCAUGUUGAGUGCGUGGCUCUUAUUCCCACUGCAUUUUUAUCCCUUUCCUUUGGAGUUAUUUAAAAUUUGACCUAUUUAAACCAAAGCCUGGAUAAACUGCUGAGCCAGAUUAUUUCUGAGAUUGGAGUUUAAUUACUAUAGAACACUUGUGAGAAGUAAAUCUAACACUUCAGUGUGAAUAUAUGCUUUUCUUUUCAAAAAGUCAUUUUUAAAAUAAAGGUCAGAGAACAAUAAAGUAAAGGGAAAUGUCAUUGGUUUGUUUAAAAAGAAAUAUUUGGUGAUAAUGGAAAUACAGAAUGAAGCAUCACUGGAUUUGUAGAUAAUGAUUGCUCGGCAAAUUGGAGAGGAAAUACAUCAUUUUGACAUUAUUGCCACAGAAUUUUUAAGCUCAAUGGUUUGACUGUUAAGAGUCAGUUAAUUCUUUGAAAAUCUUUUAUGACAGUUUUGUAAUCUACUCAGUGUUUUUAUUUGCAUGAUUAUGCAUAUGUGGUGAACCAAACAUGAUUCUGGUAGUACUAUAUUUCUUUGCGGUAUUAACAUUUAUGUCAUGUCUGGCCAGCCCUGAUUUGUACACUGUAUGAUUAUUGUUGUAAAAAUUCAGCUAUUCCUACAUUUAAUUGCAGUUUUAUUGUUAUGCCUUUUGGGGCUAUGUGAUGUGAAGUGUUUCCACCUAAUGAUAAUACCAUAUGAAAACAUAACUAAAAGACUGAUCUAAGAAACUUUUUUUGUUAAUUAUUUUUAAAAAUCCAAAUUUCAAAGGAAGCAUUCUCAAAGACACAAGCAUUUAUUUUAAAUUCAAAAAAAGUUCUUUUGAAUUUAUUAUUACUUGUUGCUUUCACUUUUUUGUUGCAGACAAUCCUCAGUGAAUGUCUUCUGAGAGAACUGUGGAAGAUGUGCUUGUAUCUGUGUGAUCUGCUCAUGCACUUGGUGGCUGGGAAAGCUAAGAAAGCAACCAGAAGCCAAUAUAUUGAUUCUUAUAUCUUGGUUUAUGUUACCAACUGAAUAUCAUGUAAUGCAUAACUUUUUCCAGUAAAUAAAUCAGUUAUCUUUUGUUCAUUU